UAUAGACAGCCGUUCUGUAAAUUGAUAAUUUCAUAGCGUAUCGUUGCUCCUGUUAUCCGUCAUCAAUAUCUAGCAUUAUUCGGGCGUGUACUCCGUCACUGAUAAACUGAAAGAAACUGCUUGUUUAUCAAAGCCGCCAACACCGUUGAGCGUUCGCGCGUUCCUAUCCGGCGAGCGUAGGAUGAUAGCGCUCUUUCUACCACACCCUCGGGUUCAGUGAGUUGCGUGUUUGUUCCCGGCAGUGCUCCUGGCCUCCGGUUUCCAGGAUCGGAUAAUCGAGUCGUUCUGUGCGUUGUUUGUGUUGUUAUGUGCAAAAGUUAGCGGCAGUUUAUGGUGUGCAGUGCUUGAUUCGUGGACCGCGGGACGUUUAUUGAUGGGCUGUGCCACUGCGAAAGGAGCGGCGACGGGGCCGCACCGGCGAGGUCUUGCUUCCUGGAGGGUUUACAGUAAAAUCCGCCACACUGGAACUGAUGGAAUUAGAGAACAUCGUCGCCAACACUGUGUACUUGAAAGCGAGAGAGGGCGGCUCCGAUAGCAACAAGGGGAAAAGCAAAAAGUGGCGGAAGAUCCUCCAGUUUCCACACAUAUCACAAUGUUUAGAUAUAAAAACAAAAAUAGAUGUAGGUUACGACUACGUGGUGGACCAGCAGCCGAUCGGCAAGCUGCUGUUCCGGCAGUUCUGUGAGCGGAACCGGCCGGAGUACCACAAGUACAACAACUUCCUAGAUGCGGCGGAGAGGUACGAGGUGGAAGUGGACGAGACGCGGGCGGCGCUCGCGAACAAAGUGUUCGGCCAGUACCUGAAGGCGGACGACGAGCAGGCCGUGACCGACGUCGUGAGCGCGCGCGUCAUAGAAGACACGACCGCAGUGUUAGAAGGCGGCUCCAAAGACAUAUUCGCAGAAUGCAUCAGAUGCGUCAAGAACUUCCUGGCGGGGCUCCCGUUCGCGGAGUUCGAACGGUCCAUGUACUUCCACCGGUAUCUGCAGUGGAAAUGGCUGGAGGCGCAGCCGGUCACCCAGCAUACGUUCCGGAUGUACCGGGUGUUAGGGAAAGGCGGGUUCGGGGAGGUGUGCGCUUGCCAGGUCCGAGCAACGGGUAAAAUGUACGCCUGCAAGAAACUCGAAAAGAAACGCAUAAAGAAGCGCAAGGGGGAAGCCAUGGUGCUGAUCGAGAAACAGAUCCUCCAGCGGAUCAAUUCAAGAUUCGUGGUCAACCUGGCCUACGCUUACGAGACCAAGGACGCGCUCUGUCUCGUGCUCACUAUUAUGAACGGAGGCGACCUAAAGUUCCACAUCUACAACAUGUGUGGCGCCGACACCGGCUUGGGGCUGGAGCGAGCGCGGUUCUACGCGGCCCAAGUGGCCUGCGGGCUCGACCACCUGCACAAGAUGGGCAUAGUGUACAGAGACUGCAAGCCGGAGAACAUCUUACUAGAUGACGCGGGUCACGUGCGGAUCUCAGACCUGGGACUGGCCGUGGAUGUACCAGAAGGCGGCAGCGUGCGCGGUCGCGUCGGCACUGUCGGCUACAUGGCGCCCGAGGUCAUAGACAACGAGCGCUACACGUUCAGUCCGGACUGGUUCUCGUUCGGCUGCCUGGUGUACGAGAUGAUCGAGGGCCGCGCGCCCUUCCGCGCGCGCAAGGAGAAGGUCAAGCGGGAGGAGGUCGACCGCCGGGUCAAGCACGAGCAAGAGAAAUACUCAAGCAAGUUCAGCGAGUGCGCCCGAUCUCUAUGCAGCGGGCUCUUAUGCAAGUGCGCCGGCGCGCGGCUGGGCUGCGGCGCGGGCCGGCGCGGCGCUCAACUGGUUAAGGCGCAUCGGUUCUUCGCGCAGCUGAACUUCGCCAGGCUUGAAGCUGGCAUGGUGGACGCGCCGUUUGUGCCUGACCCGCACGCGGUGUACGCCAAAGACGUGCUCGACAUCGAGCAGUUUUCCACCGUGAAGGGCGUCAACUUGGACGCGGCUGAUGACACCUUCUACGGCAAGUUCAACACCGGCUCCGUCAGCAUCCCCUGGCAGGCCGAGAUGAUCGAAACAGGCUGUUUUACAGAACUGAACGUCUUCGCGAGAGGCGAGAACGGCGAGGAGCAGGCGCCGCCGGACCUGACGCUAGCGCCGGCCGCGCCGCCGCCCGACGAUACCGGCUGCUUCCUCUUCGCACGACGGGUGUUGUGUCCCCAAAAGAAGAUUCCGCCACGUCUCCGGCCCGUGCCCGUGCCCGACCAUCUGCUGCCGCCGCCCUCCAGCUGACCGAUCGGCCACGACACGACACACGUCACGACACAACGCGACCCGUGAACAGAGGUAGACAGUGCUCUUUGACGUUUAAGGAAGGAUGUUUAUCUAGUUAACAAUACGAAAGUAGAAUGAACAGUUUACGCUAUUCAUAUUCAUUUAAGGUUCAACCAAAGCAACGCGUUGCCGAUGGCGAUGGCGAUCAGUGGCCUAAUUCACGUAUUUUGACAGUCAAGAUCUCGCUGACGUUCAGAAGUCGUCCCAUUGAAAAACAGUUCUAAAUCCGCAUGCUCAAGGGUAAUUUUGAUAGAACGAUUACUCGAUAGGAUCGCAAUUCAGUGUUUUGUUGUCGUUGAAGUUUUGUUACGUGAAUAAAGCUGAAAAUAUGUCAUGUAUGAGUUUGUCAAAAAAUCAAAAUCAAAAAAAAUCAAAAAAUCAAAAUUUAUCUUUAUUUGUUUAGACUAAUUAAAUUAGUGCUUGCAAAUCGUCAAAUGCUCUUAAGGAGCCUAUACAUGUCUCAUUCUUUUUUUGCCCUACCAGCGCUUCGAGACAAACAAUUGACAACAAAUGUCGCGGCAAUUUAUGCACGCGCAGUGAUCGCCAUUUCCACCGCCGACGCGAACUACACGCAUUGGUUUGGCCGAAGCUUUACUUAUCCUAUAGCAACAAGAAGUGGGUACAGUUUGUUAUAGACAGCGCAAUGAAAGUUGAGGCGAGCACAUACACUGAUGCUAUAUUUGAAUACAGAACGCACAAAUCGGUCGGAAUACGCAUGACGUCAGCGCAAAAAAUCUUUGUAAAAUUUUAAACCUGUGCGUUCCAUUUUAUUAAAAUAGAGAAUUUCAUCUUUGCUUGUGAUGAUCGCCUCAACUCUCGCCACGCGAACUAUACAGAUGGCAGUUGUAAAGUCACAAACGUACCUUUUUACAAUAUUGUAAAAAGUGGAUUUUAAACGGGAUUAUCCGUAUGAAAAAUAGAAACCACUCUGUGUCCUAUUGUAAAACACAAGUCAUAAUGCUACUAGCCAUUAUUAUCGAGAUAAAAAUACCCAAAACAUCGUAACCGACCUUUUGUCUCAUAUACCGUAUAUUUUAUUAAGUUCUGUUCAAACAUCUGCAAAUAAAAUAAAAUAUAGGAAACGUCUAAGAAUAUGGUCGUCUUCGAUUGAUCGAAUCGCAAGUUUUUGUACUAUUAUUUCUAGACUGUGGAGGAAUGUUUACGCCAUAGAUAUCUGAUCACGGAUCCGACCAACUGUGGGUCACUCGAAUAAGUAUUGGACGGGCAAAGAUUGAACUGAUCACUUACUAAAUAUUAGUUCAGUGUUUCCUGUAUGGAUCUACCGUAACGAAACUAAAUGCCUAGACAAACUAUGUGACCAGAUACUCAGCGAAACUCGCACUUGACUCAAAAUAAUGCGCAAGCCAAAUUGUUUGCUAUUCGAAACAGAUAAGGCGCAAGUUGGUUUGCUCUAAAGAUUAAUUAAGAUCGAAAAGGGGGUAGGAAGGUAACACCUAAUAUGACGAAAUGGAAUCAGGAAAUGUAUAAUGCUCAGACGAAAUUCCUUCUUAUUAUAAACCUCUUACAAUAUUUUUUGACAUGAACAAGCCUUGAGAGAGUAAAAAUGUAUGGUUUCGGGGUUGUAUUUGGAGCGGCACUUUAUUUUACACAGUAAAAUUGUUUUAUUUCACAAUUCAAUAUGAAAAAGUCUGCAAUUUGAAGCAAAUGUCCAAAAAAACAUAAUUUUGAUAGUAACUAAGCGAACGUAAGAUUUAUAAGGAUAGUGCACUGCGAAGUUUUCAUAAGUACAAAUUGGAAUUAAUUUUUAAUUCAUUCAUAUGCUUAAACGGUUACCAGCAAUUUAUCUAAAAUUAUGUUAUUUCUACAAUGCAUUAAGAUAACUUUAUUAUAAGUUUAAAAACUGGAUUAUGGAAAAAAUUGGUAGAUCGCAAACGUGUUGAAAGAAAAAAAAAAUAGUUUUCUCAAAAGAUCAUUUUGAAAUUCAUAAAAUACUAAUAAAAAUACAAAAAAUAUUAAAUAUUACAAAGAAAAAAAAUGUUUACUACUUAGGCCCCGACGAGAUUCGAACUCGUGAUCUCCUGUUUACUAGACAGGCGCUUUAACCAACUAAGCCACGGCGCCUUCGAUGGAGGUGACGAAAUUAGCGUACAAUAUUGUUGAUGUCUUUCGACUGAUAAAAAUAAUCUCUUGAACACAAUAUUAAUGCAAAUAUUAAUAUAAUUUAUUUAAAUUGAAAUCGUUAUCAAGUAAAUAGUGCAGAUUAAAUUAUGCAGUGCUUAUUGCAAACCGGCUUAUAUUUAAGUUUAGGUACUUUUCUGGGCAGUGUGUAUCAGUUGAGAAUUUGAUGUUCAACAAGAGUGACGUUGCUGGAAUCAAUAUUAACGUUGUUACGUCAUAUUUCAACUAAAAUUACUAUUAAUUACCUCGGUGUUACGUCAUUGGUACAUGAACAAUUUAGUUUUAUAAGAAAAAUGUUUCAUUUUUACGCCGUAUCAGUGAUAUUUUCAUCGCUUAUUUUGAACAUGAUCAUUUUGUUAGAUUAGGUAAGAUAAAUUCAUUCGUUGCAGUGAUGGGCGAGGGAGAAAUUUUAUUUAUUUAUUUAAACUUUUAUUCCAAUUCAAAUUCAAAUUCAUUUAUUUGCACAGGAACAUGGUACAAUACAGAUGUCAGAUAAAAACAAUCAAGUUCAACAUGUUUCGUCUACAAAACAUGCAAAAAUUUCAUAGUCAAUUAAUAGUUUUAUCAAACAUUAUAUAUAAUAUUAUAAAAUUUAUGCCAAAAUAAAUGUGUACAUAAGGCGAACUUAAUGCACUAAAGCAUUCUCGACCAGUUUACCUUUGGGUUGAGCAGAAAAGAAAUUUGUUUGGCGGUACUUCUAGUGCAGGAAAGAAAAACAAAAACAAAUAUGCUACAUACAUAAAUAAUAUAUAAAAUAUAUAAUUAAUAAAUACAUACAUAAAAUAGAUAAUUGAGUUAAACUGAAAUUACAAUUCAUGAAGAUGAAAUCAUUCAAUCGUUUUCUAAAUAACUGCCAAAAUGACAUUGGGAACUUUUUGCCCCACUUUUCGAAAAGUAGCGGACACAAACGAAACCUAUCACAGAUGAUACAUACUAAUAUCCAAUGAAUUUCCGUGCAUUUUUUUUCUCUCUUAUAUGGGAAUAUUGAGAAAAUGAAGUUUUAAUAUUUUAUUUUAUUUUACACUAGCUUUCCGCCCGCGGCUUCGCCCGCGUGGAAUUUUGUCUGUCACAGAAAAACUUUAUCGCGCGCGUCCCUGUUUCAAAAACCGGGAUAAAAACUAUCCUAUGUUCUUUCCCGGGACUCAAACUAUCUCUAUGCCAAAUUUCAUCAAAAUCGGUUGCGAGGUUUAAGCGGGAAAGCGUAACAGACAGACAGACAGACAGAGUUACUUUCGCAUUUAUAAUAUUAGUUGGGAUUGGGAUUUAGGUAACAUUUUUGAUGACCUCCGUGGCGGAGAGGCGCACACACCGGUUUUCAAGGUGUGCCGGGCCAAUCCUGAGGUCCCGGGUUCGAUUCCCGGCCGGGACAAUAUAGAAAACGAUCUUUUCACAUUGUCUCUGGUUUGGGUGUGUUGUGGUUCGUCGUUCCCGAUUUCCAUAAGACAAAUGCCUUAGCUACUUAUUUUGGGUUGGAGUAAUAUAUGAGAUGUUGUCUAAUAUUAAUUUAAGUAUUUAUAAUAUUUUAUUUAUUUAUAUUUUUUAUUUAAUUUAUAUUAUUUUAUUUACUUUUAUUGGUUACUCUGCAAUGCCAAACAACAUAACAUGUAAAAAUAUCAAAUCAUUUUAGACAAAUAUGUUUUCAACUUAGACUCGCCAUAUCUCAGAAUUCCCAUAUCUCACAACAUAGCGCUUUAAGUGAAUAUACCUACAAGUAUAAAGCUUUGAAAUAAAAUACGUUUCAUCUUUGUCCGCCGUGGGGCAUUUUCUCAUAUUAAAGUUCCCAAUGUCCUUUAUUGGAAAUAUUUUACAAUUAAUCAUAAUGUAUUAGAUGCUAUGAAAUGCAUUGAGGAAUGUUUAAUUGGAAUAGUUGAAUGAAAUAAAAAAUUAAAAAUAUCUUUGAAUUACUCAUAAUUGUAAAAAAAAAUGCUUUUUAAUUAUGAACUAUUAUUAAUUAAUUAAUUAUUAAUGGUCAGAAUCGAUUUAUCCUGCAGCGAAUGUUUUUAUGUAUUUUCGAAAACUUUAUUCCUAUUUUGUCGAUAUUCAACGCGUUUCUAUACUUGCAUUUUGUGAAUGUUGAUAGUUUUUUAUUGAUGUUGUGGAUUUUUUAAAAUUUAUGACAUGCAAAGGAUCUUCUUGGGAUCAUAAGCCAAGAAUUUCUGAAUUAUAUUUGUGUAUACUUAUUUUUUAGUUUCUAUUGCGCUGUCUUUAUUGAAAGCAAAAAUGCAAUAAUGUAAAUAAUUUGAAAGACAUUUCAGCUACCUCGUUUAAUGCAAUUGGAGUGUAAUAUUAAAAGAUAACAUUACUGUAAUAUUGUUAUACUAACUCAAAAUCGAAUUGAAAUAAGUAAUGUUUGCCGCGAUUAUGGUUAGAUAUCAUCGGACGGGCGUUUUUCCACUGAUUGGAAAAAUAAAUAAAUAUUUGACUUGUCACCACAUCUUUUAAUAACAAAAAAAAAUCUAGUUUAGUUACACUGGAAGAACACACACAACACACAGUGGCGAAAAGACAAAAGAAAAAGAGUUAUGAGCCUUUAUGGAUAUUUAGACAUUGCCAGCUAGUGGAAAAACGUCCUUAUUUGUUAGGUAUUUUGAAUAAAUAUGUUUUUUUAAUGCUGUUAAUAUAAAGGAGUGGUUAUAACCAAGUCAAUAUUUCCUACAAUAUAUGGCCAGGUGUUUCAUUGUACGUAUCAAGGCAUUUAACUUCGAGUUCAGAACAAAACGUUGUAAUUAAUCAUACGUUAUUUAUUUAUUACUAUUCUACGUGUAUUUUGAAACUUUUUGAUAUUAUUUAAAUAGGAUACGAUAAUGGUGUAUGUAUGUAGAUAGGGGGCAAUUUAAUACAUGAGAUAGGUUACAAAUGUGUUUAUUUUAGUAAUUUUUUAAGUGUAAUUGAUAACAGUGCAGCGUCAUUGCCAAAUGAUUUCGUGACGUGUUCACAUUGUGACAGUAAUUUAUUGUAUUGUCAUUUUGAAACUAAUAUAGCUCUGAUGUAAUAUGCGCCUCAAGAUAGGGUACAUGAUACGCUAUUCUGAAACAAAAAUAACAUGCCAUGACGUCACGACGUUUUGUGUUUCUUAAAACUGACAAAAUAUUUUUUUUUAUGAGGACUGGUGUCAGACUUAGCGAGUCACCAUAGCUAGAUAUAGUUCUUGCGUGUUUGUGCCCAAAUUAGAAUCAAAUUCGAAUUCAUGUCCUUUUGCUAGGACAUAGGUGGUGUCAUGUACCCUAUUACACUGUUAAUGAAAUGACUGUGAGGUUUCUAAAAGCGUAUGGGAUUACUGUUCGUGGUUGUAAAUGUAUGUCUUGUUGCGAUUUCAAUGGCUUUCCUAAGGUUUAGACAGUUCGUAGUCGGCGGUACGUGACGAAUUUAUUUUUGUAUGUAACAGUAUGAAAAGCUUUGCUUCAGUUCUUGUCAGGUAACGUAGGGCGUAGAUUAUAAUUUCGAUAAUGUAUAAACAAAGUUGUGAAAUGGAGAAUAAGGAUACAACCGAGCAAUAAUACGAAAACGAAUUGUCUAUGUUUGUCUAUGGUUACCUAAUGGGCGGCGGCGCGUCAAGCUGGACGGCACCUUAUUGUAGUUGAAAUAAGUGUGAUUUUGCAGCAAGUGUAUAGUUGGACGUGCCGGCGACUGAAUGCAAAUGAUGUUUUUGUGUACUUGAUAAUUAUUAAUGAGUGAUCGCACAAAUUGUCCUGUAAAAUGUCAGAGCCAUUUGUACAUUGCCAGUAUGAAACAUACUUCCAUAUUGUAUUAGUGUGUAAGUAUUAAUGCAUUUUGAUGUGUACCUUUAUAUUGUAUUUUAACAUUUGGAAAAAGCCUAAAAAUAACGUUUUAGCGGUGUAUUGAGUCGUCUUGUAAGAUAUGUUUUAACCAAUGGGGAUGAUUCUGAAUUUUUCGAUACAUUUCUUAAGUAUUGCUGUCACGUUCGUGUUGUAUGUCAUCUGAGAAGGACAGUGGAAUAUCGUUUUGUCUCAUAUAAUGUAAUGCCCUAAAAUCCUAGUCCAUAAUAUUGAUUUACAUAAUCAAAGCUCCUACCUUUUCAAACGUCGUAUGAGAAAGCGUGCUGUCAUGAUUUUUUUUACUUUUAGAAAGACUGUUUUUUUCCUGCCAGAAGUAAGCCAGAAUAUUUGUGUAAGGUGCAAUGAAAUUAGACUAAAAAUUCAGAAUCAACCCAUUGUUUUUGUUACUGGCACAAAAUUAGUGACAUAAGCCCGCUCGCCCGCGUCCAUUCCAAACCAAACUGCAUGUCUAUUAAAAAUCUGCAACAGAUUGUCCUGUUUUUUGUAAGAACAAUAAAUUAACAAUAGAAAGAAAUUGAGUUAGUAAGCGAGCGAUCGGGGCGCUUUAGGACUCUUCGAAACUAGACGUUUUGAGCAUUUGUAAGACCGCUAAAGGCGCGCGCGCAUUUGUAACUUUUUUGUCGCCAUGGUAAUAUUAUCAGUGACAGUAUAUCUGUUUCUUUUACACCUUUAUAAAGAGAAAAAGAUACAUACUGUCACGGUGACAAGUCACCAGUGCGCGCGCGCCCUGUGUUAAUCGUAAUUUUUAUUUCAACACAGAUGUCAUUAAAUUUUCCGUAUGCGGCUCGAAACGUCUGCUUUGAAAGAGCCCUUAGAACGUGUUUUUGUAAACUGACGACCGGUGAGAUGAUUUGGUAGUUAAAUUCAAGUCUGUACAGUCAACUACCGAUCAACCUACCACAAUAGAUUUUGAACUGUAUGCCAGUAGGUAUAAAGUUAAAAAUUCAUUGAGGAUGAUUUUGACAAGCUGGCGACUGUACCUCUGCAGUUUUAUUACGAUGUUUGUUAAUAAAUUUUAUAAUCUCUUUUUUACGAGUAUUUUUAUACAAUUUACUGUCAUCAGCGUUUUGAAUGUCGAUUUUGUAACGAUUUUGGUAAUUCUGACACUAUAAUCUUGACAGUUGAAAUUCACGCUGUCUUUGUCUGCCUUUUGUAGUGUGAAAGAGACAACGAUAGAUCAAUCUUUGCAAUCGUCUCGCCGUCGUCUUAGAUUGUAUCAUUAACAUACACACACAUUUAUAGCUCUUAGAAUAUGUCCAACGUUCGGAUACGCAAAGUGAAAUGUAAGUUAUUAAAUCUGCUGCGUGUAUCAUAACGUGGCUCUCAAAUAGACACACGUUCCAUGGUUUAGUGUUGUCAGACAAAAAAAAAGUAAAAUUUCUUUUUUUUUACAAAUGUUAACUUACUAUUUGAUAUUAAGUCUGGCAACACCGUGUAAAUCCAAGUGACGUAAUGCUCAAAGUGUCAAGAGUUCACGCACACAGUCCGUUCCGCAUAUGUCUGACGCACAUAAUUUGUCCGUUGCAUUGACCACAGUUUUAAGGAUCUUUAAAAAGCAAUCAUUUAAGCUGAUUAAUUUGUUUUAGAGAUGUUUAAAGCCAAUAUUUAUACUGACUUAAAUCAUUUUUAUAUUUGAUUCUUGCUAAAUAUUUGUUUAUGGUUUCCCAAAGCCAAUUUUUAAAAGACUGGUUUAUUUGAAACGCUUGCUAAGAAACAAAGAUUACCGUAACGUUAUCUCUCAUACUUUCAUGACAAAGAAGAAUUAAUAUUGUUGGCGAAUGCAACGGACACACCGAUAUACAUUUGAAGAGUUUACAUGUCACCGAAUUUUGUAAGAAUUUAUAAUAAUAUAAUAAUGAUCAUACCUGUAUCAUACUCAUUGAUGCAUUUUGACUAUGUUGAUAUUGAUAUCGUGUGGGGUACGCCGUACCCGUCUAGCUUCAUAGUAAAUUGUAACUUAGCUUUCUUGAUACUGUUAGUCGUUAUUGCAGUAUUUUGGUGCAAAUAUUAUUAUUUAAUAAGCGUAUUCAUAAAUAAAUUGACUCCGAUAUAGA